GAAUAAUAAGAGUAAACAAUUAUUUGGGUUGAAAACUUGGAAAUAGAAUGAUGUUAAUUUGUAAGAAUUGACUGAUCUGAGUUUGUGCCAACCACGGCGGAGUUUGUAAUUAAAACAUCUCUUUCAAUCCUACAAUCUUAUCGUCAGCAAGCAAAGACCACAACCAUGAUUGAAGUCCACAAAGAUAAUUGCUACUGAACCGUGUCAGACUUGGCUUUUAGUGUGAAGGUGAAAUGUGCAGCUUUAUACUAUUCACGGCAGACCUCCUCACCUGACAACAAAAAAUGUUAAAAAAAUAUAAAUAUCAGCAAGACAGAUGCCACACCCUGCAGGUUCUGCAGUUGCAGUAGUGUUCAUUGUCCAACUCUCCUGUCCCUCUCCACCCCAUUUUUACUUGCACCAUCUUUCUAGUUUCUCUCUCAAAUUCAGUUCACUUUAUACACAAGAGUGAGGACAGGUCUUCUCUUUAGUACCUUGGCACCAUGAAAACUAAUCAACCAAAGCUUAAGACCCACCUCUUCUCUUGUGGGUUUUUCCGCCAUUGUACUCAAACUGUUGUCAGCCCAACAGGCAGUAGUACCCCUCACCCCCCAACUUUUCCUCUCUCACAAUCUGACCCAAUUCUCCCAUCACCACCGCCGCCACCGCCACAACAACUCGACACGCUUCCCCUGCCACCACCGCCACUUCAUCGAUCCUCGCAACCCGACUCCUCUUCAUCAUCCUCAUCCUCCUCAACCUCCCAAAGCUUCACCCAGUGGAGGUUCCCACUCCCACAUUCACCCAUCCUUCCCAACCCGAAUCAACCACACGGAUUUGACCCGGUACCCGAACCCAUUACCCAUUUCGGGCCCCCACCUCCACCCAUUUCAUCCACAGAACUCCAGGAACUGUUCCACGUAGCGGAGCUCCAACUCAGCGCCGGGUCGGAUCCGGACCAACUCGCGGCGCUGCAACUCUUGGAGCGGUCACUCGUCCCAAACCCGCCAUCCGACCCGGAGUGUCCGCCCGAACUAAUGCGCGGGGUAGUUAGGAAUUUGAAAACCAAAGCUGGAGCAAAGCCCGCAACGAAGAUACUGUUAGCGCUUUGCUUAGCGGAGGGGAACCGCCACGUGGCGGUGGAGGCAGGUGCGGUGGGAGCAGUGGUUGAGAUAGCGGCGGAGCUGGACGACGCGGCGGCUGAGCGUGCGUUGGCGGCUUUAGAGCUGAUGUGCACGGUGGCGGAGGGCGCGGCGGAGCUGAGAGCACACGCUCUGGCAGUGCCGGUGAUGGUGGCGACGAUGGGGAGAAUGGCGGCGCGUGCAAAGGAGUACGCUAUCAGUGUUCUGUCUGUGAUGUACGGUGGAGGUGCGUUAGAGGAUCAGGGGGCUCCACCGGUAGAGGAGGUGGCGCGUGCGGUGGCGUUGGCAUUGCAAGGGAAUUGUAGUGCUAGGGGAAGGAGAAAAGGGGGUCAGCUGUUGAAAGUGCUUCAAGAACAACAAGAUGAUGAAGGAGGUGAAGGUGAAGGUGAAGGUGAAGAGAAUGAGAACUGAUUUGUCUGUUGUGGUAGCUUGAACUUGGAGAGUACAGUCGAGUUGGUCUAAGUGUUGGGAGUAAUUAGCCGGUAAUCUCGGAGCAAAUCUCAUAGAAUAGUGCUUUUUUCUUACAUUUACAAUGAGGUCACUUGUUAAAUUCAUAACAAGGUCUAUUGUGAAUGUAAGAGAAGGGAACGCUAUUUUCCUAUGUCGUAUGCAUACCAUAAUACCAACUAAAUGUUAGUGUUGGAAAGUGAACGUGAAUAGAUUGUAUACUAGUUGUGUGAUCCUAAAUUCUGCCUUCCAUAAUUUUCAUUUCCCAUAUGUGCCAACUUGUUUUAGGCUCA